AUGGCAGACCCUCUCAGUGUGGCCGGGCUGGCGCUUGGGAGCGCUUCGAUCUUGUUUCAGGUCUUUGCCGAGAAUUCCGGUCUUGCUUCCACAGUCCACUUGAUGUUAACCGAAGGCCUAGGGAUUAGAUUUAUGCUGGAUGUGAAGGAAGUGCCAGAAGAGUACCAAACACUGCGCUUUCGGCUCACGCUUGAGGAGACCAGACUUUCGAGCUGGGGUAAAGCCGUCGGCCUUGACAUCGACCAACCAGCAAUGACAAUCACCAUCCCUGAUCACGUUCGUUACCUGGCUCAGGGACACAUGGAGCCCUUGCUGCGUCGCAUUCAGAGGUUCAUCUCCGAGAGUCCUUCCUUUGACAGACCGUCGUAUGAGACCCAUGGAAAGGACCGUCAAUUCAGGUCCAAAGUCAGGGACACGAUGCACAAAGCCAAGGACCAAAUCAAGUGGGUGACGUUCAGGAUGAGCGAGUUAGAGGAACUGGUGGAGUAUGCCAGACACGUCAACGACACGGUGAUUGCCUUGUCGGAGCUCAAGACCCAGCAGAAGAUCUACGAAGAGGCUAAGGCGACGAACAUGGCUCUUUUGGAAGUGCGGAACACGGUCGGUGGGUUGAAGGAGAUGAUUGAGGCUCUGGGCGUCAACAACGGUCCUGGACUCAUGCGCAAUCAGACUGAGGAUCUUCUGCGGGACCUGGCGCAGCUCAAAAAGCAAAGGCUCCAGGGGCAGGCCGAUGUCGACAGGCCCAUUUCGGCAGGCGACGAGUCGUCCUUCAAGCUGCCCAGAGAUCGAGUCGGGACCCUGGACGAGGAGGAGUUGGCAAUGUCGCGGUGGGAGGCAGAGGUCGGCGGCAAGCCCGGGUACUGGGUCGAGUUCAAGCGAUAUCCGCAGCCAUCGCAGCCCUCGCGGCCCACAAAGGACGAGCUGGAGCGGCUGGUGGUGCGCGAGCUGGCGAUGCUGCUGCACUUGAAGCUGCCGCCGAGCUUCCGCGUCCCUCGCUGCGUUGGCUAUUACGACCACGACGGCGCCUUUGGACUGCUCUUCGAGAAGCCCCACGAGGAGGCUUCCAUCGUUGCCCUCUCCCACUGCCUCGAGCAGGAAACCUCACAGCCUGAUCUCGGGUCUCGGCUUGCCCUCGCACGCGCCGUGGCUGAAACCGUCUGUCAGCUGCACGCCGUCGACUGGUUACACAAGGCGCUUCGUGCCAGCAACAUUCUCCUGUUUGAACAGCCGGACAAGCCCAUUACCUACGCCGAGCCUUGCGUGUCUGGCUUCGAGUUGGCCCGACCGGCAUCCCAACCAAACCUGACACAAGCGGCAGACCCGGGCGGCGAGGACGACGAUUUCUACCGGCACCCAAACAACCGACUAUGCAAUCCAGGCCACAGAAGCCACUCGUACUGCAAGGAGUUCGACUUAUACUCCCUGGGUAUACUGCUGAUUGAGAUAGCCCUGUGGUCGCCAAUCAAGCAGGUUGUUGGUGCCGUGGGUGCAAAUAAGCCGGGCGAGGUGACGGAGCACAUGCUGAACGAAAGCGAUGAGAUCAUGGGCAAGGUCAGGUUUGCGAUGGGCACGAGUUUUGCAGGGGCGGUGUCGGAGUGCUUGCAAGGGCUUGGAAGCCGAGGGGAGUCGGAGAGUUACGUCGUCAGCUUUGAGAGGCUGGUGGUCAAGAUGAUCCGGGGUAUUACUGUCAGCGGCUGA